CCAGUUCAAUUAAGGCGAUGUCGUAUCGCGAUGGGACGGCGUGGUAGUGCAAUGGAGUUGUCAGCCACGUUGCUCGUGCUCCUACAUCUAUCGAUGAAUGUCGUCGACGAAGGAUAUGCUGUCAAUCCCAGUUGUACAUGUCUUCGGUUCACGUCCACGUACGGCAAGGAGCGUGGUACGUUCAGCAGCCCCGACUACCCGCGGCCGUACCCGGCGCGGAUCGACUGCCUGCUCUACACCUUCGUCGCGGCGCCGCACCAAAUCGUCGAGCUCGUGUUCACAGACUUCGACAUUUACAAGGAGCAUCUUGACUGUGUCCGUGGUGAUUAUCUAAAGGUGUAUUGGGAAGUGCAGGGCCCGGGGCCACCUGGCGCUAUCAAUGAGCGCUCAGCUUGGGCCAAGGAGUUGUGUGGUAGCAGAACUGACGCACCGCCGGCCCUGUACUCGCCAGGGCCGGCGAUGGUGCUCGAGUUCCAUACUGGCCUGAAGCAAAACAACGCGACGGGCUUCGUGGGCACAUAUAACUUUAUUGAUAGACGUCUGUUUGAGACAGAUGGCGUGCGUGUACCUGGAACGGAAUGCGACAAUCAGUUCAGCCGGUCCGGCAACCGGCCGACACACGGCCGCCUGUACAGUCCUCGUUACCCGUCCAUCUACCCGAACAAUGUGCGGUGUUCCUAUCAUUUUCACGCGAGAGCGAAAGAACGAGUGAAAGUGGUAUUUGAAGAAGUAUCUCUUCAAAAAGGAGAUAUUAGUUGUCUACGUCGUGCUGAUAUCAUCAAAGUAUUUGACGGUAGAGACACAAAUGCUCCAGCUAUUGCUAUGUUGUGUAAUGAGCUUACAGGAUACGAGGUGCUAUCAACAGGUCCUGCAUUACUUCUACAGUUCACAGCAAACUCAGCCACCCCAGGACAAGGUUUCGCCGCCACAUUUCAUUUUCAACCACCGCCAGAUUCCACGGCAGCCGAUUCUGACCGCCUCUUGAAGCUCAGUUUUGGAAAAGCCUUCGAAUCUCUCGGUCCAGAAGUAAGCGCUACAAGUAAGUAA